AUAUUGAUGAUGAUAGUGCACAAAAAAUUUAUAAUGAUUUAUUAUCAUUAUAUUCAGAAACUGAAAAAGGUUCUAAAAACACACUAGCUCACAAACUUACUGAAAUUAUCAAUUUGGAUGAUAAUUUUAAAUUUGGCAAAGGUUCUAAAAACUUACUAGCCUCUGAAGUUAUUGAAAUUAUUGAUUCAGAUGAUAAUUUAAGUAAAACUCAACAUUAUACUGCAAAAGAAAAAAAAAAUGGUGAGCUCAAUCUGAUGCAAUUAAGCCAAACUUGA